AUGAAGCAAUAUUUUUUCUUGGUACUCGUAGUUUUCUUGGGAAUCGAAGCUGCUGGGAGCGAGCUCCCAUCGGACAACUCAGCGAAACGUUUUCCAGUAAAGCGCUCCUUCCCAAAGCGACAGCUGUUGGUGGGCUACUGGGGACAAAAUGCAAUCGGUACAAAAGUCAGCCGACCCUACUGGGAGAAAGACCUGCGCUACUUCUGCAAUCAGCACAAGUUUGAUAUUUACUUGGUUGCAUUUGUGCACCGUCUUUUCAGGAAUAACAGAAACAGAGACGGAUAUCCCGGAAUGAACUUUGCCCAUCACUGCAGUUAUGCCCCCGAUCCCAAAAACCCUGAUCUCUUCGAGUGCGCUACAAUCGGGGGCGGCAUCAGAGAUUGUCAGAAGCUUGGUAAGAAAAUACUCAUAUCCCUUGGCGGGGAUACUUGUGAUGGGAGCCUGGGAACUGCUGAAAACGCGAAGAAACUUGCAUACUACAUAUGGAAUCUAUUCUUGGGAGGCACGGAUAUGCAGGAUAAAAGACCAUUUUUGUGGACCGUGAUGGAUGGUGUUGAUCUGGACAUUGAGAUGGGAAGCCAUAGAUACUAUCCGGACUUUGUUCGGGAGAUACGCCUUCUUAUGAAUACAGACUCCAGUAAACAGUAUCUGAUCACAGCUGCACCACAGUGUCCAUUUCCUGAUAAGUGGAUGGGGCCUCAGAUACAAGGAUCUGCCUUAGAAGAUUAUGGCCAAGAAUUUGACUACUUAUUCAUACAGUUCUAUAACAACUACUGCUACCCUGGUGACCAGUACUUUUUACCUGUAAUGGACACUUGGUUACGGUGGGCACGAAGUAUUCCUAAUGGUCCGCUGAUUGUUCUCGGUCUGCCGGCUGGACCGCAGGCUGCUGGCAAGCUACAUUACUAUUUCCCACCUGAUAAACUGGCUCAAGUGUACAAGCAAAUUCGAGACAAACCUGGUGUUGGUGGACUUAUGUUCUGGGAUUGCUCCUGGGUACAAAACAAUAUUGUAAACGGUAAAAGCUAUGGUACACAUGCAUUUGAACUCCUGCGUGGAAUUUCUAAUCCAUCGACAGAGGCACCUAAUACGCAAGCGCCUCCAACGACACCGAAGACAACCACGUGCACAUCAACGCAGUCACCGACCACGACACAGCUACCACAAACGCCCCAAACUACAAAACCAUUGACCCAAAGUCCGGAUGUUACUACAAAUCCUCCGACUGGUCCUGUCGACUGUUCAGUGGACGGUUAUUUUCCUGAUCCAGCAAACUGUUCCGGUUUUAUUGUAUGUUCAGCUGGCGUGGCGUAUCCUAGAAGCUGCCCACCAGGACUUAAGUACAACAAGAUAAGAAAGUAUUGUGACUGGCCUCAAAAUGUUCAGUGUUAA